AUGGUAUUCCACAGUCUGACUAUUAGGCCCCAACAUAUCUAUACACAAGAAAGUAUUGAAAGAGAUACAAUUUUAAAAUCAGUUAGUUUAACUCCAAUAAUUAGUGCUAAAACUGAACGUGUUAGUCUUUUAAUGCAAGUAGAUAAUCAGCCAGAGAUUAAUGUUUGUACUUUACUUGUUAAUACUUGUGAGAGUAAAGUGCUUAAUUUACCAUUAAAGGCUGGUACUAGUAUUCAGUUGAGUAGUUUAGGGAGUUCAGAUCUUGAUUUAUUGUUUUAUGAGUUGAGUGAUAGUGAUUUAGAUGGUGGAGAUAGAGAUAGUGAUUUUGAAGAGGGAGAAGUAAGUGAAGUAAGUGAAGUAAGUAGUAAGUCGGGUUUAAAUGGUCUUCGGGAAGUAAGUAGUGGGUAUAUGUCAGUGACAGUUCGUGGUGGACAACGAGUGAGUGUUCAGGAGGAGGUAAGUUUACGGGUAGUUAAUGCGGCUGUUCGGGUGGAAGAGGGUGAGUUGCAGGGUGGAGUUGAGCUAGGAAGGACAGUUCUGUUUAUGCAGGGAGAGGAGAGGGAUGUACCUUUAGUGACAUUUAUUCCAGGUCGGAGUGAGACUGAGGUUUUGGAUUUAGAGAUAGCAGCUGGUGAAGAGAUUGUCUUUGGAGUGGCUGGUCCUAAUGCAGUAGACCUUUUGAUCUUACGUGGUGAUGAGUUAGAAGAGGAGGAAUUAAGUGGUUGUACUUGGGUUACUGAAGAGGAGAGUGCUGAGGAGGAGAGUGAAGAAGAGAGUGAAGAAGAAGAGAAUGGNGGAAGAGUAAGAGGAAGGCGGGUGAAGAAGAGAAUGAUUUACAAGUGA